AUGAAGCUCGCCGUCUUCAGCGCCAAGCCCUACGACAGACGCUACCUCGAGGGCGUCAAUUCGUCCCGCAGCAGCUCCGUCCCGGUCCAGCUUAUCUUCCACGAAUUCUCCCUGUCCGUCGACACCGUCGCGCUGGCUCGCGGCGCCGACGCCGUGUGCGUCUUUGUCAACGACACGCUCGACACCCCCGUCCUCGAGUCCCUUCAUGGCCUGGGCGUACGCGCCGUCCUCCUCCGGUGCGCGGGCUACAACAACGUCAACCUCGCGGUGGCCGAGCGGCUGGGCUUCUUCGUCGCCAACGUGCCCUCGUACUCGCCCGAGGCCGUCGCCGAGUUCGCCAUCGCCCUGAUCCAGACGCUCAACCGCAACACCCACCGCGCCUACAACCGCGUCCGCGAGGGCAACUUCAGCCUCGUCGGCCUGCUGGGGCGGACGCUGCACGGCAAGACGGUGGGCAUCGUCGGCACCGGUAGGAUCGGGCUCGCCCUGGCCCGGAUCCUCAAGGGCUUCGGGUGCCACGUGCUGGCGCACGACCCCUUCCCGACGGACGCCUUCGCCGCCUACGGCGAGUACGUGCCCCUCAACGACCUCCUCGCGCGCAGCGACUUCGUCAGCCUGCACUGCCCGCUGACGGAGUCGACGCGGCACAUCGUCAACGCCGACUCGCUGGGCAGGAUGAAGCCCGGGGCGAUGCUGGUCAACACGUCGCGCGGCGGCCUCAUCCAGACCAAGGCGGUGCUGGCGGCGCUCAAGGGCGGGCGGCUCGGCGGGCUGGCGCUGGACGUGUACGAGGGCGAGGGCGCGCUCUUCUACAACGACCACUCGGGCGACAUCAUCGACGACGACGACCUCAUGCGCCUGACCACCUUCCACAACGUCCUCGUCUGCGGCCACCAGGCCUUCUUCACCGAGGAGGCCCUCGCCGAGAUCGCAGAGUCCACCCUCCGCAACCUCGACGACUUCGUCGCGGGCGUGCCGGGCAGGAACUCGCUCGUCCGUGACGGCCAUCUGAUCAUCCGUAGGGACUCCCUCCCUGUCCGCAUCUGA